AUGAGUAAUGCAGGAAAACAAAUGAAUGAUUGCCAGCCAAUGUUUAUAAGUGAAGUCAACUCACCCUCAAGACGACGCCAGGGUCCACCAUAUUUGACAUAUAUUAUUUCUUCAAUACCUCAGCGCUUCAAUUCUACAUUGAAGGAGCUUAAUACCGUACUACCGGGGUUUUUCAAUGUCAAACAUAAGGAACCUGUCCCACACUCUGAUUCACGAAUUCUACGCCAUGGUGAUAUGAAUGCUUCAUCACUUUUACUGACGAACAUCGACCUUUGGAGUGCAUUCGGAUGGAGCUCUUCGGCAAACUACUCUGAUAAUGACUGGAUAUUGAUAUUCGAAGACGAUGUCCGUAUAGUUUCACCUGAAAUAAUGAAGACAUUUUAUGAAGAAACUAACAUAACACGGAAUCAUAUAAAUUCAAGUCAUAUUAUAGCAAAAACUAUUGAAGAAAGCUUUGAAUUGGCCAAAAAUGAUGGGAUUCUAUAUCUCGGCACAUGUGAACCGCUCUUCAAUGAUUCAAAGAUCCAUCAUUCGUUCGAUGGCUUAAUGCAAAUUCGUCGUGGCAUGCAUUUUUGUACACAUGCCAUAGCAUACACAAAAUGGCGCGCACGAAAAUACUGGAAUGAUAUAUCUAUUUCUCGGCUCUUGCACUACGAAUUCACUCUUCCUAAAAUAGUUCGUGAAUGGCAGCGUCUUACAAAAACUUAUCCAUUCUGCACUGCUCCAAAUGUCAAUUGGCCACUAGAUUCUACUUAUUUCGGUUUUUUCUACCCAGACAACGGAACGUAUGCGUCAAUUACAUAA